CGAGGUUGAAUCUUGUGUCAAAAGCAUGCCAGCUUCACUCAAGCGCUCGCUAGAGCAAGCAGAUUUGCCAGGCGAAGGUACAAGUGCUGAUGGAGCCAUUCAUGGACAGGCACAGUACAAGAGGAAACGACAGCAAUUAGUAGUUACGGAAGCAGACAGCAGUAGUGAAGUUGACUCUACCGAUGUUUCGCUUCAUGACGACAAUGAAGAGGAUAACGUGGAGCACAAUAUCCGCCCUGCCCGCCUCUCAUUAGCAGGUAGCGGCAAUGCACCAUUACUCGACGGCUCUGGCUCUGGAACAGUUGAAUCAAUGGAACUUGUCAAUUUCAUGUGUCAUAAAUACUUGAAAAUGGAUUUUGGCUCAAAGAUCAAUUUCGUCAUUGGACACAAUGGAAGUGGCAAGAGUGCUAUCUUAACGGGCUUGACGAUUGCUCUCGGUGCCAAGGCCACUAUUACUAAUCGCGCGAGUAACUUGGGUGCUUUAGUGAAAGGAGGAACAAGUGUUGGUCAGGUUGUUGUCAAGAUCUCAAACAGGGGAUCCGAUGCUUAUAGGCCUGAUUUAUAUGGUGAAUCGAUUAUCAUAGAGCGUAGAAUAUCAAAGGAUGGUGCCAGUGGCUACAAAAUCAAGACUGCCAGCGGGAAGACAGUGUCCACGAAACGAGAGGAGCUGACCGCUAUUUGUGACCAUAUGUUAAUUCAAGUUGAUAAUCCCUUGACCAUUUUGAGUCAAGACAGCGCGCGCCAGUUCCUGAAUUCGAGUACACCGGAAGAUAAAUACAAGUUCUUCAUGAAGGGAACGCAAUUGACGCAACUUUCAUCCGACUAUGAGCAAAUUCGUGAAUCUAUUGAUGAUACAUUACAUAUCAUCACAAAAAACAAGGCCGGAUUAGAUGACUUACACAAGAAAGCCAAAGAGGCUGAGCUUCGGUAUAGGGAAAUGGUUGAAGCACAAGAACUAGAAGAUAAAAUCGAUGACCUGAAUAAUGAACUUGUCUGGUUACAAAUCAUAACCAAGGAAAAGGACGUUGCAGCCGCUCAACUUGAUGCACGGAAAGCGACAGAAACUCUUCGUGCUAGUGAAGCAGCGUUUGAAAGACAACAGGAGGAGCUUGAACUAAUGAAACAAGAAAAAGAGGAAAUCGAAAAGAAGAUCACUGAUUGUCGCUCAGCGUCCAUGCCGUAUGCUGAAGAACGAAGAAAGCUUAUCGAAGCGGUCCGCGAUAAGGAAAAGAACUUGCAGCAUAUUUUGGAUCAAGGCCGAGAAAUCAAUAACACAGUCAAAGGCUUACGAUUGCGAAUUAAGACUUACGAAGCACAAAUUAAAGAGGAAUCUGCAAAGCUGGAGUCUGCUAAUCGUAGCCGGCGUGAAGAGUAUACAAAUAAGAUCGCUGGGCUCCAAUCAGAUUUGGAUGCUGCCCGCACCAGAUUUGAUGCUGUUGAAAAACAACAAGUCGAGCUUUCUAAUCAGGAAGAAGAGAGCAGGCGGCGAAAGGACGAGAUGGAGGUCGAUCUUCGAAGAACUGAACGUGAACGAAAUGACGUGGAAAAAACCAUCAAAGAUAUGCAAUCACAAAAGGAAAACCGACUUCGAGCUUUUGGGCACAAUAUGCCAGAGCUUGUGGAGCGCAUUUCUCAAGAAAGACGUUGGCGUGGACGCACUCCUGUUGGUCCAUUUGGUCGAUACAUCAAGUUGGAACGUCCUGAGUUUGCGAACGUCUUGGAGUCGACCAUCGGUAGGCUAUUGAAUAACUUUGUUGUCGAGACGUUUGAAGACAAGCGGCUCUUGUCUCAGAUGCUGGAUCAUCAUGGGCUGAGCAACUGCCAAAUUUUCGUUGCAAAAUACGACAUCUUUGAUUAUUCAUCUGGAGAGCCAGACUCAAAGUUUUUGACCAUCUUGCGCGCUCUGAAGUUUGAAGACGAGUGGGUCAAACGCCAAAUGAUUAUCUCUACCAAUAUUGAGAAGAUCAUUUUGAUGACAGACCGUGCUGAAGCUGAUCGUGUCAUGUAUAAUAACGGACAGCAACUUCACAAUGUCAAGAGCUGUUUCACCUCCCAAGGUCAUCGCGUGGGUGCAAAUACGGGUAUGCGCACUGAAUCUCUGCCAAUGUACCGCGGUACUCCAAGACUUAGUGCUGACGUGGAAGGCAAGCUACGUGAAUCUCAACAACGUCUAGAAAGCUUACGACAAGCUAUUCAGCUUCAGCGUAAAGAUGCGGCUGCACUGGAAAAAACCAUUGUUGACAUUCGUCGAAAAAAUGGAGAGCUUGAGGCUGAGAAGAGACAAUUGAACGGUAAAAUUCGAAAAUAUCGAAGUUCAAUUAGCGAACUGGAAGAUAAGAUGAAAGAGGACGAACCAGUCAACAUUGCAGCCAUUGAAGAAGAGAAAAAGGAAUUGGAAGAUUCAAUUGAGGUGUAUCGCCGGCAAUUUUCCGAUAUGCGAGUACAACAGCUCAAGGCCAAGGAGGAGCAACUUCCAUUCCAACAACAACUCAAAGCGGUGGAAGAAAAGAUUGCUAACUCAGAUAAAGAGCUUUCUAGUUUGAGAGGGCAAUUGGUUGACCAGACCAAUGACUGUGAAAUCAAAAUUCGGGCCAUCGCCUCACUAAGAAACAAAGUUGAAAGCGAACGUAUUCGUGUUGAGGGCCUCAGACGCUCAGCAGAGGAGCUUGAGAAGACAUGCAAGGAAUGGAUUAUUGCUGCUGUUCAGGAAUAUCCUGAUCGCGUUACUCCUUCAAAGACUCGCGAGCAACUGGAACGUGAAGUGCGCUAUCUCGAAACGAGAAAAGCUGAGCAAGAAAAAUCAUGUGGAGCUAGUCUUGAAGAAAUUGAAGAAGAAGCUGAAAAAGCUCUACAAGACUGGGAUAAGGCCAAUAAGGCUAUCGAGGAAAUGGAAGUGUUUGUCAAGAUCAUGGCCAAAGCACUUCAAGAGCGUAUGGAAAGAUGGCAGAAAUUUCUCAUGUAUAUCGCUGUCCGAGCCAAACACUAUUUCUGGUACUAUAUGCUUAGGCGCGGUGAUAGUGGCAAGUUGCGUUUCAAUCACAGGAAGCAAAGGUUGGAAGUACAGGUGGCAACUGGCGAUCAGUUUCAGAAAGGAACGAGGCACAAGGAUUCAAAGUCACUGUCAGGAGGUGAAAAAUCCUUCUCACAAAUAAGCUUGCUAUUAUCACUGUGGCAAGGUAUUGCAUCGCCCGUGUUUUGUCUCGAUGAAUUUGAUGUUUAUAUGGACGCUGUCAAUCGCAAGCAGAGUAUGCGCAUGAUGGUUGAAGCAGCGAGAGAUAAUUCGUCUCAGUAUAUCCUAAUUACUCCACAAGACGCCAGCAGUAUGUCUCCUGGUCCAGAUGUGAUGAUUCAUCGUCUUGCUGACCCUGAACGUGGCGAUACUCUGCAAUAAUGCCAGUAGUGUGAAAGCAACAUUACUAUGAUACCCAAUGAUCCUCUCACAUUGUUUGUAAAAAUUAUCCUCACAGAAUAAAAAAGUGUACAGGUUCACAAAAUAUGCC